UUUCUGACAGCUUUUCUGACGAUUCGAUUCGAUUGAAUUCAUUGAAGCUGUCUAACCUCGCCGCUCGAGAUCACCCUUCCCUCACAAAACCAAAAAGCUCAAAAUCCAAACUUGCCCAUCUAACCAAGCACCAAUACCACAUACAAAACUAACCAAGCAAUGUGCCAAGCUGCCGCCGCCACCAUGGACAACUCUGACCUCAUGCAGAGACGAUGCAAGGGUAUCCUGAAGCAGCGCACUCUCGAAGACUCGCUCAAUGAUGGAUCUUCUGGACGUCGCCGCAUGCCCAAACGAUCCAUCUCCUUUGACCAAGUGGAGAUUCGAAAACACCGAAUCAUCUUGGAUGCCCCAAGCACAGGCACCUCUGCCAAGAACGAACCCGUUUCCGCACCUCUCACCGUCUCCUGGAAGCCCAUCUCCACAGAUGUUGUCACACUGCUCGAGUACGAGUGCAUCCGCCCGGCAUCACGGGGCACCGAUGUCCGCAGAUUCACUACCGAAGAACGAGUGGCUGUCCUUAGGAGUGCUGGAUACUCUAUUGAACAAAUUUGCGGGCUGAGCAAGCCACGGCAAAAGGGGGCUUCUGCUGCCAAGUGCGCCAAGUGCGAGACGUGUGCUCAGAAGUCGAAGAAGCCAGAAAAGACUCUUUUAGCUCGCGUCCGAAGGGCUACCAAGAAAAUGACCAUGGGCAACGAUGCGGCUCGAACGAGCCUCUCCAGCACUGCGGCAUAGAACGUACAAGUCGCUGGCACUUGAAACCUCCUGAACCUUAGAGCUAUCCUCCUCUCACUUCCCAGUUCGCAAAGUCGAAUCGAAUCGAAUCAAAUCUUAGAAUAUGCUACACAUGACAUCUAUCUAGAAACGAAUUAGGUCUUCAUCAUGAUAUGACAAAGAACAACUGGAAUCUACUAGCUAGCUAGCCUGAGGCGGAUAUCCCAGCCACGUUGCCAAGCCAGCCGCUGCUACCUGG